AUGGUCCAACUUGCUGUUAUUUUCGGGUUUUUGUCUGAAUAUGCUCUCAAGCGACUCCGGAAUUACUCAUACUUGCCCAUGAAGAAUAGACCAGAUUUACCUGUUUCGGUAGACUUUAUCCUUGUCAACACGGACGAAGAAGAAUCCGAGGUGCUGCCAGAGUUUGACCUGAGUAACGCCGAUUCAAAAAACAAUCCCUCGCUCCACGCUGAAGACCAGCUAUCCAGUAUACCUUCAAUUAUUGAUUCCGAUACACUACCUUCAGCUGCCUACCCUUCGGGAAACUUCUUAGAUCUACGUGCUACCUAUCAUUCUCUUCCGCUUCCUAUGGGGAUAUCUGGCGGCCCCGAGCUCUGCAUUAGUACAACUUUCAAGGGGUAUCAUACAGUACCGCUCGCUCCAUCUAUCUACCUAGUUCUCGGGAGCUGUGCCCUCAUUGCGACCAUAUUUCUUGUCUUCAAUAAGUUUAAUAAUCAAGGUUUAGUACCCAAUUCUUUUGGUGAGGGCGUGGAUAUAAACAAUACUUUCAUUUCUACAAGAGCAGCUCCAACUCCAGAGGCGGUUUUGGAACACACUCUCGAACUGUAUGGAUAUAUUGUAGAUCCGGACCCAGAAGAUGCCAUUUUCAACUUUUCGCAAUGCUCUUCACCUUCAAACAAGAGGCCAAAUCCUCCUGCUCUUAUCCGGAAAGCUUUGCACAAUAGAGUUCUUAAGGAUUUAAACAUUGUGAUCUGUAACCCAGUUUCGAGUACCCGGAUGACCAAAGAACGUAAUAUCCUGGGAGCUCGUUUUUCGUCAUCGGCUAAUUCGACUUUCGCUGUGAACCUCGUGGCGAGAGCCAACAGCAGACCGAUAGUACAUAUGCCCACACGAACUUCACUUCCCAGCAUUUGCACUCAAGCUAGCGGUCUGUAUGAACCAGCUGUACCACGUCCAAUUCAAGUGUGCCUUGGAAUUAGGCCUGGUGUCCUACCUCAAUUUGGAUCCACUAUGGGAUGGGUGAGCAUUGAUCACGUACACCCUGGUGGUAACUUGGACGUUUGGACAGGCGAUGGUGUCACGUCAUGUUCCUGUCGACACCAGGCCCAUUGCUCCUAUGCAGCAUCGAUGUUUUAG